AGAGCAACUCCCAGCCUCAGCAGCCGCAGGUGGAAGCUGGCGAUGGCUGAGGACCCGGAGCCUGAAUUUUACCUGAGGUGGAAGCACUGUGAGACGCCAGGUGUUAAGACCCUGUGCAAUCUGAGGACGCUGCUGAACCAGCUCCAGAAAGACCACAGAGAUGACGUCUACAUGUACAUGUCCGGACACCUGAACCCCAACAAGCUCUACAGGCCCCCGGAGACCAUCCUGUAUCACUGGCCCAACGCCAACAGGCCCCGGGAGGCAAAAGUCUUCGGAGCGGAAAGGCUACCUGAUGAGGUUAAGAAGAUGAAAGAUGCUUUGGCCCGUUUCACCAUCAGCACAGCGGUGGGCCCGAGUGAUGCUGAGAACACGCCACUCUUCAGGUAUCUGAACCCUCCCGCACAGGCCUCCCACGCUUCGCAGGAGGACGUGAGUCCUAAGGCGGGGUUGAGAGGGGAGGCCUCUCCUGAACGGCCAAAGAGAGGGGAGCUGAGAUUGCCCGACAUGAAGGUUCUGAAGUACAAGGAGGUGAGGUCCAGCCGUGAGUGCGGGACGUCCCCGCCGGGCAGGGACGCGUUCCAGUACGUCAGCUCGCACUUGGCCGGCAUAACGAAAGCGGACAGGUACCGGCAGUUCUUGAGCUUCCAGAAACACGUGCUGGCAAAGCAAGACCUCCUGAUGAGGGGCUUCACUGGGAGCCAGGCAGCGAGGUGCCACGAGAAGAAGCUGGAGCAGGAGCUCCAGAAAAUAUGUGUCUGUGACCCUGAAGAGUUCAACAGACUCCAGGUCUUUGGAGAAGUCUUUGAAGAUAUUUGCAAUAGUUCUUUGAUAUUUGGUGAUAUCUUGAAAGAAAUUAAGGAAGAAUAUGAACUCUAUAUGCUAUUACUUCUGAAGAACCAUCCCACAGAACAGUAUAAGUCUUUGCUGGCUGAGGUCCAGAGUCUGCAGAAGGGGAAGGUGAAGACAGAGGAUGUCCAGCGGGCCAAGGAGGAACUGAGAGCGCUCAUGACGGCUGUCAAAGCGGCCCUGGACCACAACGACAGGCUCAGAAAUGAACUGGAGCAGGAGCGUGUACUGCUGGAGGCCGCGAGAGACAGGGCAGAAUCACCUGAGAGAAAGUUCGUGAAGGAGGAGAACCUUACUCUUCUUGAGAAGGUUGGAAAAAAGAGGUGUGAAGUACUUCAUAAAUGGGAUGAGAUUCAAGCUCUUGAGAGAGUAAUGAAAACAACCUUUGUUCAUACUGGGAUUUUGCAAAUCACCGAAAGCAAGAUCAAAAGCUUAGAGACCGAAACUAUAAAGUUGGAUACAGCAAAUAAAAUUUUAAUGAAGAAAAUUCAAUUUAUUGUGAACUACGUGAAGCAGAUCAUGGGGAAGAACAAGCUGAGAGAGGGGGAGCAGCAGAACCUUUGGGCAUAUAUUAAAGAAUUUGCAAAAUUGAAAGAGACAGAUAUCUCUUAAGUGACGGGAAGAAUGGCCUAUGAAAGUUCACAGCCACCAUGUACAAGCAAUGUGGAUGUUUCUGGAGGUGUACAUUAAAGAAGAUACAUUUCACUUUGUCAGUUUUAAUCUCCAAUAAUGGGAAUGUGGUCUUUGUAUUCUUCUCAAGAUAUUGAAUUAAAUGCAUGCAUUCAU